AUGUAUGUGGCGCAAUUUGAGGGCUUGACGCAAAGUGAAAAUUUGGUCUAUGCAACCGCGAUCUGGUCGGAAUCCGGCUUGCUUUUCGCGGAUAUUCAUCAGGCGGCGAAGUAUCACAGAAGUCAACAUUUAUCCGCGGUCAGCGAUGCCAUUUCAUCCGGGGGCGCCGUCGCGUCAACAAAAGAUCUAAUCGCUGCAUCGAGUGAUCUGUCUGAGGAUAAACUGAAGCUUUUGGAUGAGCUGUUUGAGUCUUCUCGCGGCAGCGCCAUGAUCCCCCUUGGUCAAGACCGAUUUUGUCGACGAUAUUGGCUACUUUUGUCGAUACCAUGCGUGCUCGUCGAGUACGACCCGCCCUCCGCUGAACAUCCACUCGCAGUCAGCCCAAUUCUACUUAGUCGACAAAUAUCUGCUUUUCAUCCGCAAGCGGCUGAAUCUCUGGCCAUUUCCUCCACAACAUUGGCAGCCCUCCGGCUACGCGAGUUCGUCACACAACAUCCAAACAUGCCUCGAGAAGCUAUCACUCAGCAUAUAAGCGUUCGCCUUCCCACAGAACCCACUCACCGCGUACUGACUAUGGAGCAGUUAAGGAUGCUUGUUUAUCCGGAACGUAUCACUGAACGGGACCUGCAAACUCAGACAAAGAGUGCAGCUGUAACCCAGACACAUCGUUUACGCAAGGAAUAUCAAAGUUCUCCCGGUGUUCCUACUUGGUCUAUUUUAACCCCAUUCGCCGGCCCCAUUCCAUCAGCUACCACGCUCAAGUCCACUAACAAUAAUUUGUCCUGUACCAUGAACGAGAACACAGACAACAAAGAAGUAUCUUCAGAAAUAGAAACUACGGUAGAGGAACGCGCCACUUGGACUAUUGAUUGUUUAGAGGCCGCACUCAAUCCCCGUGGUGUGAGGGAAUCACGAUUGAGACGUGUUGUUAGCGAUCUUCGUGCGCUGCUUAUUCGUGUUGUUUCUCAAUGCCCCCCAGACUUGGCCGGCGCCUCUCAGUCGAAUUGCCCGGAGGAAGCGAAUCAUUUUCCUGCUCCACCGGGGUCCUUAUCGCGACUACAACAAUUGGCUCACACUUUGCUGCUUUUCGGUGAGGCGAUUGGACCCAAAGCUUUGUUUGGACCAUUAGGUAACGAUGCACGAACAACGCGAGUAGUGCCAGCUUCCGAUCCGAGUGUUUCAUCCAAUUCGCUCGUUGUUCCUCAUAUCGCCUCCGCGCGCCUCACGCUUGAUCAGUCUCAAUCUGAUAACCUUUCGGUGGCCACAUCCGGUUCCUCUUCGUGUUACAUAACCACUGGCUGGGAACGUUGGCGUGCAUCUGUGAUUCGUGCAAAAUCCGCUUCUCAGUUGCAUUUGUUGGCCCGUUCACUGGAACGCGGGCUGCGUCGAAUGCUUUUGUUCGGCAAUCCGCUCCGAUUAAACACUCCUGAUUUUGACCAAGGUGGUUAUCGAGCCCCAAAACUGCGGUGCACCGCAUGCAAGUUAUCAGAUAUUGUUUUCUUCCGCAUGCAUGAGUCUAAAAUUUCAGUCAUCUGUGUACUGUCACUUGCUGGUGUUGCCAUGUUCGGUAUGCGUUUUGCACCUUCAAAGUGUAAAAUGCUACUACAAGAUUGGGUUGAUCCAGCGCCCAGUCUCACCCUAACUGGGGAAGUAGUAGAGGAAGUAGACAAAUUUUGCUAUCUAAGCAGCUAUAUCUCACCCGGCGGACGCAUCACGGAUGAAGUGUCGGCGCGCAUACAGAAGGCUCGGUUGGCAUUUGCCAACUUGAAACAUCUGUGGCGCCGUCGCGACAUCCGGCUGUCUGUGAAGGGUCGAGUGUAUGCUGCAGCAGUUCGGUCAGUCCUGCUCUACGGUGCAGAGACUUGGCCACUAAAAUAG